AUGGACAAGUCGACUAGUGAUUCCGAAGGAUACCGACAAGAAGCCAUCGCACUGACCACAGAUCUGACCUUUGGAGCGCAUCUGGUCCAGAGCAACAACACACCCCACCUUUUGCCCCUCGCCGCCGCAUUAUGGGUCGACAGGCUCGAUAGCCUUGUGUGUAGGUACUCUGUAAGACUGUGCCUCAAGGAUAAGAGGAGCGGCGCCAGCGACCCGACAGCGGCGGCGAGGGCGAAGGCGAUGGGCACGGCGGCGGGCGACAGUGCACACGAGCACCCCAAAGAUCCAAGGAUAGAAACAGCGGACAGCGGACCGACGGACGUGGGCCUCGUAAAUGACAUGUAUCGGUACGUGCCCCGCGUUGUGGCACGGUGGCUCCUGUGGCGAUUUCUCGAGGUGGUCAUUGUUGGGUCGGUGGUCGCAGCUGCAGCAGCUAGUCGCAGAUACUGCCGCAAGGGCGGUGCCGGGCGGCCUCUGAGUGGCUCGUCAACGGGCUACUGGGCGCACGUCGAAGUCAUCUGGAAGCGGAAGAGGAGUUUCCCAGGGGCCAUUUACGGAGAAGAGGAAGUUGACGAUACCUCUAGAGGUGAAAGGUCCGCCCGUCGCAUUUCCGUUUCCCACGGAGACUUGAUGCCGGUGGUAGAGGACCGCGGGGCCGUAGCCAGGCAGUAG